UCCUCCUCCUCCGCCUCUCUCUCUCUCUCCGCUUCUAUUCUCUUCCUGCCAGGCUCCGUCCGUCCGCCACCGAUCCGUCAUCCCCUCUGCGCCCCCUUCUCCGGCAGCCGCCGCCCGCCCGCCGUCGACAUCCCCCAGGGGUCCGCCCGGCCCUCCGCCGCAUCGGCCAUGGCGUCGCCGGCGCUCAUCUCCGACACCGACCAGUGGAAGGCCCUCCAGGCGCACGUCGGCGCGAUCCACAAGACGCACCUGCGCGACCUCAUGACGGACGCCGAUCGAUGCAAGGCAAUGACAGCCGAAUUCGAGGGCGUCUUCCUGGACUACUCGAGGCAGCAGGCCACCACGGAGACCGUCGACAAGCUCUUCAAGCUGGCAGAGGCUGCAAAGCUCAAGGAGAAGAUUGACAAGAUGUUUAAAGGCGAAAAGAUAAAUACCACGGAGAACAGAUCAGUGCUCCAUGUGGCUUUGAGAGCUCCAAGAGAUGCAGUCAUAAACAGUGACGGUGUGAACGUGGUCCCCGAAGUUUGGGCUGUUAAGGAUAAAAUCAAGCAGUUUUCAGAGACUUUCAGGAGUGGCUCAUGGGUUGGGGCAACCGGGAAACCGUUGACAAAUGUUGUCUCAGUUGGAAUUGGUGGCAGCUUCCUUGGACCUCUGUUUGUGCAUACGGCUCUCCAGACUGACCCAGAAGCAGCAGAAUCUGCCAAAGGCCGACAACUGAGAUUUCUUGCAAAUGUUGAUCCGGUUGAUGUUGCACGGAGCAUCAAAGAUUUAGACCCUGCAACCACUCUUGUUGUGGUUGUCUCAAAGACCUUCACGACAGCUGAAACAAUGUUAAAUGCUCGAACUAUCAAGGAGUGGAUUGUCUCUUCUCUUGGACCUCAGGCUGUUUCCAAACACAUGAUUGCUGUCAGUACUAAUCUUAAGCUUGUCAAGGAGUUCGGAAUUGACCCUAACAACGCCUUUGCAUUCUGGGACUGGGUUGGCGGCCGCUAUAGUGUUUGCAGUGCUGUCGGUGUUCUGCCCUUAUCUCUUCAGUAUGGAUUUCCAAUUGUUCAGAAAUUUCUGGAGGGUGCUUCCAGCAUUGACAACCACUUCCACACAUCUUCAUUUGAGAAAAAUAUACCUGUACUCCUUGGUUUGUUGAGUGUGUGGAAUGUUUCAUUUCUUGGAUAUCCGGCUAGGGCAAUAUUGCCAUACUCUCAAGCACUUGAGAAACUAGCACCACAUAUUCAGCAGCUUAGCAUGGAGAGUAAUGGAAAGGGUGUCUCCAUUGAUGGUGUUCGACUUCCAUAUGAGGCUGGUGAAAUUGAUUUUGGUGAACCUGGAACAAACGGGCAACACAGCUUCUAUCAAUUAAUCCAUCAGGGAAGAGUUAUUCCUUGUGAUUUUAUUGGUGUCAUAAAAAGCCAGCAGCCUGUUUACUUGAAAGGGGAAACGGUUAGCAAUCAUGAUGAGUUGAUGUCCAAUUUCUUUGCUCAGCCUGACGCACUUGCUUAUGGAAAGACUCCUGAACAAUUACGCAGCGAGAAAGUUCCCGAAAAUCUUAUCUCUCACAAGACUUUUCAGGGCAACCGGCCAUCACUGAGUUUCUUGCUGUCUUCAUUAUCUGCCUAUGAGAUUGGACAGCUUUUAUCCAUCUAUGAGCACCGGAUCGCAGUUCAGGGUUUCAUAUGGGGAAUCAACUCGUUUGACCAGUGGGGAGUGGAGCUGGGCAAGUCACUGGCUUCUACAGUGAGGAAACAGUUGCAUGCAUCACGCAUGGAAGGAAAGCCCGUCGAGGGCUUCAACCCCAGCAGCGCAAGUUUGCUCACACGGUUUCUUGCGGUUAAACCAUCAACCCCAUAUGACACAACAGUGCUUCCAAAAGUGUAAGCCGAGGGAGGUUUAGUAGUCCUAAAAAAAGAAGUGUAACCUGAGGUUGAGACUGAUAAUCGACAAGCUAGGUUGAGCUUGUGGCAUAACAAGUUUUCUUCCUUCUUUCUUGCGACUUGUUACAACCAGUCUGGUUGUACUGUAAUUUUGAAGUUCCUCUUGCUUCAGCUUGGAGAAAGACAAGUAAACUAUGACGAAAUAAUGAAAUAAAUAUAUUGACUCGUGACACCAAAA